AUGAACAUUAAUAAUCAACAUCAGCAGCAACAAAAUUCUUGUAAUAUGCAACCGAUGACUAUUAGUCAAUCCAUUCAAUCCAUUCAAGGUCAUCAAGGUCAUCAAGCGUCUCAAAUUUCUUCAUCUAUCAACCUUCCUCAACUUCAAAAUAAUGUUGUUAUGGCUAAAUACUUAUUCUAUUAUCAGCCAUACAAUGAUUUUCAAGUUUACAAUAUUACUUGUAAAGAAAUUUCAUUUGAUAUGAUUUGUUGUCACAACUGUUUAAAUCAAAAUAAUGUUCAACCAAAUAAUACGCACGUAUUUUAUUUUCAACAUCCAGUCGACAAAAAGAUUUAUAAGAUUGAUUGCGAAAUAGUUAGAUACAAUUAUAUUGUUUGGAUGCUGAACAAAAUUGAUUAUAAUGUUGAAUUAAACUUUAAUGGACAACAGCAAGAAACUUUUUCAAAACAACAUAAAGAAAAUUUGGAAUUUCAUUUAAAACAUUAUUUAACUAAUUAUUUGGCACCUAUUAAUACCUUUCAACAGCAACCUUUAGAUAAUUCUCAAGGUUAUAUUAAUAUCAACAUUUAA